CAAGGUGCGCUAGAGUAUUCUAAUUCUCUCGAGGGACUUUGAAAUCACUUUGUAUUUCAGAAUAUAUGUAUAUUUUUAAACAUUAAUUUAUUUUAAAAAAUCGUAAAAAAAAAAAAAAAGCGGAUUUCCCUGACAAAAUAGCAUUUAUAGAGAUGGAAAACAGUGCGCAUUUUUAUUAUAUGCUACGGGCUUCCGGUCACGGUGAAGUUUGGCGAGAUUUGACCGAAGAGGACAAGUUUCGACAAUAUGGCUGGCGAUGCACUACUAAUGAGGAUGCUUAUUCACCCGGUACCUUGAUUGGGAACUGGUCGGAAAAAAGGUUCGACACCAGUUUAGCCAAAGCAUCACGACGCCCUCUGCCGUCCCAGUUCUCUCAUUAUUUUGACACCACGUACUCCUCCAGCUAUAACAAAGAAGAGAAACCGCCAAUUUACAGUUCUUUUAAGAAAGAGCCCAGAAGCUUUCCAGGUCACCAGCCUGAGCUGAAUCCACCUCACACCAAGUGUGUGCCGAACUCCUGCUACAGAUUGGACUUCAGUGAACGUCCCUCAUCUGGAAAGUCCUGAAAAGUCAUCUGUAAAAUUAUCAUCAGGGCACAUGCAUCGCUGCUGAGAAAACUAAUCUACAUCCUCUCAAUAAAGUCGAGUCGUAUACA